AUGAGAAUAUUAAUUUCUUUCGCUUUGCUUUUAUUAGCAUUAAAUUCUAUCAAUUGCUAUAAUAUCAUUGAUAAUAUUAACAUCAAUAAGUAUAGAUAUUUUUAUCUUACAUAAGAUUAGCUAUCAGCUCAAAUUUCUACAGAUUCUAAUGCUUUAUACUGUCCUACUAUUAACCAAUAUUAUGAAACUAUGGCUUACAAUGCUUCUUUGUCUUUAAACUCUACUCUUUCAUCACAUAAUUACAUUAGCAUAAAAUUUGAUGCUGUAUUUACUAAUGUUGCAAGAGUCAUGGGAGGAGCUAUUAAAUAAGCUCAAAUUAAUGUGAACGGAAACAUAACUACAUUUUAAGCUCUUGCUAACUUUAAUUUCUGCAAUCCUUAGGCUUCUAAGGUAGAUGGAAAGACAACUUUUACUGUAGUUUAAGCCCAUAGCGGAGAUCUUAGUAUGGUAUUUAAUCCAACUAACUUAGGUGGUAUUGCAAGAUUAGGUAUUUCUAAUAUUUAAGUUGAUGCUUUUCAAUGUGGUUAGAAUGCAGAACUUAAUUUAACUUCGUUGACCUGUGUAUGCUCAUAGGGUUUUGCUGAAGCAUUAACUGUAAAAUAAAGUCAAGGACCUAUCUAUUACAUAAGACAAUGUAUAUGA